CCAUGCAUUGUGACUAAUGGCUGGGAUGAAUCCUCCUGCUUCCCGAAAUGCACUGUGUCUGGCGUUGCCCCCGUGCUUUGGGCCGGUUGCUAAGGGCCUCAGGCGGUUUCAUGGCCCCGGCGUCAGGGCCUGGGAGCGAGUGCGGUAGCGGAGCGGGGAGCCCGGCAGCGGGGCCCGGGUGUGAGACAUCCUGUGAUCCUGAAACAGCUGAAACUAGAAACACGGCACCCCAGUAACUUUCACAGCAAUGUGUAAGGUGCUGGCUGGAUGACCUUUGGUUAGGUCUGCUGUCACCAUGGAGGUACCGCAAGGAUGCCAAGAGGUGUUGCCUUAUGUCCUCUCCAUUGGAGCUUUGAGAUAUCAAUCAGGGCCGAUUCCACCUAUUUACGUUACUGGUUCCUCUUUUUCUCUGCAAAAGUGAAAGGAUGAGGCAGUCUGUUUGGUGGGUCACUGGUGAUGGGAAUCGGACGCUUUUAAGGACUUUUCCACAGUUGUUAAAGAUGGAUCACUCCCGACUGCACAUGUUUCGCUUGCCAUCUAAAGUGGCAGUUGGCCAAGAAUGAGUGAUCAGACCAACCUGCCAGCCGGCGGUGCCUGGAACCUGGACUCCGGUACGGGCAGCAGACAGCAGAGAGGUCAUGAGGCUGGAAGAGACCAACUGAGGAACCAGGAGGAAUCCACACGGUUCCUCAGCGACACUUGGAAAUACCCCCCCGAGGAGUUGGGCCAUGGGGUCCAAGGGCUGCAGCCGGCAUUGGUGCCAAGACCACCGGCAAGACCCAAGCCAUCCCGGCAGGGCAAGUUGCAGUGCCUGCAUUCAGUGGAAGGCAGAGUGGCCGGCCGCAGAACGAGGGGCAGGAGCAGUGAGGAGAGCUCAUCUGAGCCUGUGGACACUGACUCAUCCUGCGGUUCCUUGUAUGGUGGUGACCUCUCAGGCUCCCCCAUGCAGUGUCUUCAGGGCAGGUCCAUAGUGGUUCCCCAGAGGACUCUGCCCAGCAGCAGCAGCAGCAGCAGCAGUAGUUUGCGAGAGUGUGACACCAGCGAGUCAGCCGGCAGCACAGCAGAGUAUCGUAACGGUCCUACCUGCCCAGACUUCCAGCCCAGGAAUGACUACCCUGAUAUUAAAACAGUGCCCUCAGCCUAUCGGAAGCUGCCUCCUGUGGUGCCCACCAAGCCCCUCCCUCCAAUGGACAUUAACCUGGACUCAACAGCACUAAGGAUCAGUAAUCGGAUCGACCCAGAUUUUGUGGAUUACACUCACGUGACUCAGAGAGGGGAGUCAAGUCAGCACACCAAUAUCCUCAUCCAGCCCCAUGGAAUUGAAGACAACCGAUCCCCAUUCUCCAUGAGUUCUUCGAGUAGUGUCCUAUUUCCCGUCCGCUCAGAGGAUCUUCGGAACAGGAGUUAUCUGGAGGGUAGUCUCCUAGCCAGUGGAGCUCUGCUGGGAGCCAGUGAAUUGGAUCGUUAUUUUCCUGACCGAAGAGUCCGAGUGUUUAUCACCACCUGGAACAUGCAAGGCCAGAAGCUCCCGGAUAAACUGGAUGACCUUCUCUUGCCCUGUGACGCUCAAUAUAUUCAAGACUUGUAUGUCAUUGGUACUCAGGAAGGAAUCCCAGACAGGAGAGAAUGGGAGAUCCGCUUACAGGAGACCCUAGGGCCUCACUUUGUGUUGCUGUAUUCUGCAGCACAUGGAGUCCUCCAGCUCUCUCUGUUCAUCAGGAGAGACCUCAUCUGGUUCUGCUCAGAGGUAGAACAAGCAACCGUGACAACUCGUAUCGUCUCCCAGAUCAAGACCAAGGGAGCUGUAGCAAUCUCAUUCACAUUUUUUGGGACAUCCUUCCUCUUCAUUACUUCUCACUUUACCUCUGGACAAGGGAAGGUUUACGAGAGGAUGCUGGACUAUAAUAAAAUAAUAGAAGCCCUGGCACUGCCAAGGGUCGUCCCUGACACCAAUGUCUACAGAUCCGACCCCUAUGAUGUGACAACCCGAUUUGACGAGGUGUUCUGGUUCGGUGACUUUAACUUCCGUCUGGAUGUGAAGCGUGCAGUGAUUGAUGAGCUCCUGCACAGCAACAUUGAGGACAGUCUCCGCUCCAUUCUGCAUUAUGAUGAGCUAACCAAGAAACUGCAGGAGGGGUCCAUUUUUAAAGGCUUCAAGGAAGCAGAAAUAAGUUUUCUACCAACCUACAAGUUUGACAUUGGAUGUGAUGUUUACGACAGCAGUGCCAAAAAAAGGACUCCCUCCUACACGGACCGCAUUAUAUACAAAAGCCGGCAGAAAGGUGACAUCUUUGUGCUUAAAUAUGGUAGCUGCACUUCAAUCAAAACGUCAGAUCAUAGGCCAGUGUACAGCUACUUUCAAGUCAGGCUCAGACCCGGAAGAGAUAACAUCCCAUUGUGUGCCGGUCAGUUUUACAGAGAUAUCUACAAAGAGGGAAUAAAAAGACGGUUCCUGAGGGAGCAGAAGAGAAGAGCUUUCUGGAACCAGAAGAACAGUAUAAUCUGCAGCGUGUCCUGACUCAACUCAGAGAUAAAUGGGGAGUUUCCUUAAUCUAUCCGAUUCCUGCAGCAGUGGACCAGACACAAAAACAGACUGCACAGAGGGUGCUGAUCACAGGUCUGGCCCUCACACAGGAGCGAGGCUCCUGAGUCACUCACAGGUACCAUGCCAAGGUGUUUUCAAAGGAAACUAUGGGAAAGGUAGGGUGCCAUGUACCCACUUAUAAAGAGCAACAGUGUGCAUAUUAAUUCACUAUUAUUGUUGUUUUAUAAUUAUGUUUUGUAAUAUUCAGUAUUUAGAAGACAUUGGAAAAUGUCUAUUCAUUUUUUUUUAAACAGGCUGCCACAAUGUUGUGAGCAACUUGGACCUUAAGAAAAUUGUUUAUAAAUUUUUUUUCACUGAGCUCCCCACCCUCCUGAAGAUGGGACCCACACACACUGACUCUCACUGCGGUAAGGGUCCCACACACACUGACUCUCACUGGGGUACGGGUCCCACACACACUGACUCUCACUGCGUUAAGGGUCCCACACAUACUGACUCUC